GCUGCCAGUGUGUGCGCGGCACCGCCCGCAAUGGACGUGGACGAGUCGCUGGUGGCGGUGGGCGAGUUCGGCUGCUACCAGAAGCAGCUGACCUGCACCUUCGUCCUCUUGCAGAUUUACGUGGCUUGUCAAUCAAUGCUGAUUGUGCUGGUGGGAGUACAGCCUGGCUAUAAGAUAAUUACACCGGAAGUUCCCAGUACACAUGAAGAACUAAUAAAACAUGUCGUAUUUGAGGAAGAUUUGACUUCAAUUGCAACAGAGUGGUACUUAAUCAGACAAGAAGCAUACAAAGUGAACUUGGCUGGAUCCUUGUUUUUCUUGGGCCUGCUCCUUGGUAACAUCUUAUUUGGACCAUUGUCUGACCGAUUUGGCAGGAAACCAAUCUUCCUUAUAGGCUUAUUCCUUGACGUCGUGUUUGGAUUCAUUUCAGCGAUCGCUCCUAAUUAUGAAAUCUUUGCCUUGACACGGCUUCUUGUCGGCAUUAUGAAUGGUGGAAUGUCUCUGGUGGCUUUUGUACUAACGCAGGAAUUUGUGGGAAAAUCCUACUGGGCUUUGACAGGGUCACUUACCAAUUUGGUGUUUGCUGUUGGAAUUGCAGCUUUCUCUGUUAUUGGUUAUUACAUCAGGGAUUGGCGUGUUCUCAUUGCUGCGGCCAAUUGUCCUGGAGUUCUGUUUAUCUUCCUUUUCAUUACAGUUCCAGAAUCACCACGGUGGUUGUACUCUCAGGGGAGGACUAAGGAAGCGGAGGAGGUAUUGCAAAAUAUUGCACACAGGAAUGGAAAUGAGAAGAUUUUUAUUCAACUGAAACCCUGUGCAGGAAGAAAGAAAAUUGGUCAACCUGCUCAUGGAGUUAUGGAGCUGGUGAGACAUCCUAUAUUGCGGUGGAGAAGUAUCAUCUUGAUGUAUGUAUGGUAUGUUUGCAGUCUUGUGUAUUACGGCCUGAUAUUGAAUGCUGGUGAACUGAAGGGCAACCGCUAUCUCAACAUCGCCAUGAAUGGUCUUGUGGAAUUGCCAGCAUUCCCCUUGUGCCUUUACUUCAUUAAUAAACCCUGGUCAGGGAGGCGCAAGACAAUGGCGGCAUUCCUGGUGUUUGCAGGGAUUGCCUGUAUAAGUACCAUAUUCCUGCCUGGGAAGCAAGACCUUGACACGGGAUUCUUGGUGGACGUCACCUCAUUAGCUCUGUGUGGAAAGCUGGCUGUCAGUGCCGCCUUUAACAUUGUAUAUGUUUUUACAGCAGAACUGUAUCCCACUGUGAUCAGGAAUGCUGGACUGGGAAUCUGUUCAAUGUCAUGCAGGGUUGGUGGGAUUCUGGCUCCUUUCGUACCAUCACUGAAAUCUUUAAAUCCAUCGAUGCCAUUUAUUGUCUUUGGGAUUGCUGGGCUGUCAGGAGGAAUUCUGAGUCUCCUUCUCCCAGAAACGUUAAACAAGCCAAUUGCAGAGUCCAUAGAAGAUCUUCAUUCUCCCGACUAUCAGAGGCUCGAAGACAAAAGGAAAAAAAGACUGCAACCACAGGAGGACACUGAGUCAUGAAGGCUGUAAGCUUAGAAAAGAGCCAUUGGGACUGAAACAAUGCCUCUUGUGGAAAAUAUUUUGAGAAAAAAACCGCACAUGUACAGUAUGUGGACUCUGGAAGAUACCACGGGAGGUUAUAUAUUCAGUCCAGAAGAACUUUUGAAAGUCACCUCUUUACGAUUAGUUGGCCAUUCUUCAUGACAAUUCAUUGUUAAGGGAGGACUUCCUAAAGCAAGAGAGAUUUACCUCAGUUAUUUAUUUAAUAGCGUUUGUUGGGUAACAAGUUAGGAAUAUUUUUGUGGCAUUUCUAAUUGUACAGUUUUGCAAGUAUUUUUACUUGUGAGCUGGAAUUUAUAAGUUUAAUAAUAUUGAGUAUUAGUUGUCGGAGUAAUAUGGUCUCAAAGUUUAUUUUUUACAUUGAGAGUAUUUGUAAAGUCCCCGGGAGAUAAGUAUCAACCUUAAAUGUAGAAUAUAAAUUGAAAACCUUGAGAGCUUAGCUCUAUUAACCUUUAAAUACAAAUUACAUUAUGACCGAAAGAUAUACAAUUGGGGUUGUAUGUACUGAGCGUACUUUAUGCUCACUCUACCUUGAAGGCUCCUAUUUAGAUGCUUAAGAUUUCUGAACAAGUAUAAUAUUAUCAAUUCUUUUCCAUCUUUUCUGUUUUUCUCCCACCUUGCACUUCUGAAUUAAGAACGCUGAAAUGUAGUUUAUAGGAAAAUUUUGUAUUGCAAGUAUAAUAGAUAUCUGUAUUUUAUUAAUUCCUCUGUCUUUUGGAUCUGCGAUUCAAAUGGCUUGCGUUGUAAUAUUGACAUUCUUGCACAAUUUUCUACAAACUCAAAACGUAAAUCUGCAAAACAUUGAAGGAUAUGGAGAGGUCAACUGUACUUUACCUCUAUUCUCCCCUGAUCAACUUGUGUUCUUACACUUUGCCUUCACUGAACAGUAUACCAACGUUUGAUGAUUUUUUAUGUGUUCCUUUCAAUCUUGAAUGUGUUUUAGCAUCUUUUCCGAGGGUUGACAUUUCAUGUGCAAUAUUACCAUAGAAAUAUAUGUUGGUGGUUUUAUGCUUAACAACAUAUUACUGAUUUUGAAAGACCAUCCCAACUCAGGAUACUAUUCAUUUAUGGCAUCAGGAUAUAUUAACAUUUGUCAGCCACAUAGACUGUGACUUGAUUGUUGUUCUGAUGUUCAUAUACAAACAGCUUGGGUCGGUCCCCUACCAGAAGCUUGCUUGUAAGAGCACCACUGACAAUAACCAGCAGCUGUGCACUUAUAAGUAUCUCGAGAUUGAAAACCAUUCAAAUGUCCAUUGAAAUAUCCUUCUCGAAUGGAAAACCCAUUCAAUUCUCAACAAAAUUAAUCCUCGAUCAAGGAACAACAUGAAUGGUGGAGUAGACUUGAUGGACCAAAUGGCGUAAUUCUAUUCCUAUGCCUUAUGACCCAAAGCUGGCAGAUGAAUUCCGUGGCAAUGAAAAGAAACCUAGAUACUGGAUCCUGUAGGGCACAUAUACAUAGAGGCCUGGCGCACUCAUGCCAAUGUUGGAGCGAGAUUCCGAGGAAUAAUGCAGGUAAAAUAAAGUUUUUAAUUUUUAAAAGAUUUAUUCAGAAGAUCAGAUCCUUUGCAAAAGAAAAAUAAUACAGUUGUAUGUACAUUUUAACUAAUCUAAUUGAUUUUUUUCUUCUGAGUGCUUCAGUUGCCUUGGUGAUGAAAGCAGCACAUUUUACACUAGCGAUUUACACAAUACACUAUGCUUCAUUCAUUGUCAAUGAUUAUUCAUUGCGUUUACACUAAAUGACUGGUUCCUGUGCUAUUUCUAUGCCUCAUAGAAACAUAGAAAAUAGGUGCAGGAGGAGGCCAUUCGGCCCUUUGAGCCAGCACCGCCAUUCAUUGCGAUCAUGGCUGAUCGUCCCCAAUCAAUAACCCGUGCCUGCCUUAUCCACAUAUCCCUUGAUUCCACUAGCCCCUAGAGCUCUAUCUAACUCGUUCUUAAAUCCAUCCAGUGAUUUGGCCUUCACUGCCCUCUGUGGCAGGGAAUUCCACAAAUUCACAACUCUCUGGGUGAAAACGUUUUUUCUCACCUCGGUCUUAAAUGGCCUCCCUUUUAUUCUAAGACUGUGGCCCCUGGUUCUGGACUCGCCCAACAUUGGGAACAUUUUUCCUGCAUCUAGCUUGUCCUCAAAUGGAAUCAUGGAUGAUGCAUUUUUUUCAAAGGCAGAAAAGCCCAUUGAGGUAUCAGUAAUAAAUCAUGUAGGUUUUCUGCAAUAAUAACAUUCCACAGUGAUGAAGCCAUUCAUUUUUGUAAAGUUGCAAAGAUCUUGAAAAGAAAGAAUGAGUGCUGGCAAAAUUAUGUUUUUUAGCUUUAAAUGGUUUCAGUUCAAAGAUACAGCUUGGAGACAGGCUCUUCAGCCCAUCGAAAACGUGCCGAUCAACAAUAACGUGUACACUAAUUCUAUCCUACACACUAGGGACAAUUUACGAAGCCAAUUAACCUCCAAACCUGCACGUCUUUGGAAUGUGGGAGGAAACCAAUGCACCUGGAGAAAACCUAACCAGUCAAGGAGAAAGUACAAACUCUGUACAGACAGCACCCAUAGUUAGGAUCAAACUCGGGUCUCUAGCGCUGUAAAGCAGCAACUCUACUGCUUUGCUGUCCCUGAACAGGAAAUUUGGGGAGUGAAACAGCACUGCAUUUAAACUGCAAAAUCUUGGUCCGAGUAAAUGUGAAUGAUCUAAGCUGAGCAAAAGGGAGGACUCACAAAUAGUCAAUGGAGAGAGAAAAUUGACCUGACCCUAAUUGCUUUUCAAGAUCUCCUGUGGAACCUGCAUUAGAAUUUAGGACAGCUGAUGGGAAUGACAACCAAUUGGCUAGUGAUAUGGAGAAUGCUGGACCCAAAUGAUCUUGCAGCUCCAUAGUCACAGUUCCAGCAUUGGCCAGAGGAGAAAGGACAAAUGUCAUAAGGAAGAGAACUGCGGAAAAUGGGAAAACAAAGAUGCAAUUGGACCAGUGCAGACAAAUGAUAUUUCAUCAGUUGCAAUUUUGUACAUUGUAUAAUCAUCUGUAGGCAAGAGUUCAUGCAUCUGUAUAAAAACAAAACAUUUAUUACUGUAUCAGUGUUAGAGUUGAAAAUGGAAAGAAAAUGCUCAUUGAGAAGUACGUCCCCCUGAAUCUCUUGGCAGCUUGAGGUUAGAAUGAAGUACAGCUUAGUCAGAGACCAUUCGUGCUUUCAAUGGUUAUACUUUAUGACUAUAAUUUGCAGAAACUGUAACAAUAAACUGGCAAUAUAUAUAUAUGGCCUGGAUCUUACUUUAUUUCAAACGGGUGGAGGAAUGCAGCUUUUUAUCAGUCCGCCCCCAUACAAGCUGGGGAACCAUACUUGGAUAACAGUUGGAAAAUCUGGCUUAUACAGACACAUAGUAGCACAAAGUCAUCGAAUUUCAUUUAUUGCCUCAAAACUAUUGUGGGUUUCUUUUGGUUUGUGUAGUUUUCAGAAAAGUGCCAUCUUAACACACUGGUUUGUACGCUUGGUUUAAGCCAAACUAAAUACCUGACUGCAUUGUACAGAUAUUUAUGGUGUCAUUUGCCAUGUGUGUUACUUUAUCGUAGGCUGUGACAAAGCGAUUAAAACCAGAAACAAUCCACUGAGCUGCUGUUGCAUUUACUUGUUUUAAUAUUGCCCAAAACAAUGUCAACCUUUUCAGAGGAGGAUAAAGUCUUGUAACUAAUUUAUAAUGUGUGACAUGCAAAUGGUGGUAAGUCCUGGGAACUAGUCAUAAAGCCUUUCAUGCUUUGGAAAUCUGCUUGGACUUUAUCAUUUAGGCUUUGAAAGACUGCUGUUGAUUAACUAAAGGAAAAAGAAAGAAGACGUAAUAUCCUUCGCAACCAUAGAACAUUCCAAAAUACUUUAUAGAUGUUGAAGUAAAUUUAAAUGUGGUCACCAUGGUAGGAAAAACAGCGAGCGAUUUGUGUGAAGGCUAGUCUUACAAACAACAAUGUAAAAAUAAAUAGAUUAUCAGCUUUGGUGGUUUUAGUUGAGUUACAAAUGUGGCUAGGGCAGUGGAGAAAACUCUCUUCAAAGUGUAGGCAGGUCAUGGUUUAAUGUCAACCUGCAAGAAUGCAACUAUAAUAAUACAGUAUUUCCCUUUGAUUAGCUUAGUUUAGAGAUAGAGCGCGGAAGCAGGCCCUUUGGCCCACCGAGUUUGCGCCGGCCAGCAA